GGAAAAUGGAUUAAAGCAAGUGUUAGUUUGAAUAAAAUCUGAAAAGUCAGCCUUCUCUGAAGAGCGAAAAUGUGCGCCUUAUUAUUUCAUUUAAUUUUUUGAUUUUCAUAUCCUUGUUAUUUACUUUUCCUGGUUGAAAUGUGGUUAUUACAUGCGAACCCUGAUGGUGGAGGCCGAGAUUUCUCCGAUACGAAUCCGAUACGGACACCACUAACGUGGCCUUCUGAUGGCAAGGUGGAUCUAGAUUGGGUCCGGAAUCUCAUGUCCGUCUUCGAUCGGUCGUCCAAGGAUCUACCUCCGACAGAUUUUCCCUCCGUCCUUCCCGUUCCGGUCUUUGACUCUUUGGUUCUCACCGCGUCCAAGAUCCUCCACAAGGAGCCCAACUGCCUCACAAUAGACCCUGAACACGAAUCCAGUGCCGCCGCCGCCGCCGCUUCCUCCGUCGUGGUCGUGGGGGACCUUCACGGCCAGUUGCAUGAUCUUCUCUUUCUUCUCCAAGACGCUGGAUUCCCCUCUGAAAAUCGCUUCUUCGUCUUCAACGGUGAUUAUGUCGACAGAGGCGCUUGGGGCCUCGAGACCUUCCUUAUUUUGUUGGCAAUGAAGGUCUUUAUGCCACAUAGAGUAUAUCUUCUCCGUGGAAAUCAUGAAUCCAAGUAUUGCACCUCUGUUUAUGGCUUUGAGAAGGAAGUGUUGACAAAGUAUGGAGAUAAAGGUAAGCAUGUCUAUCGGAAAUGUUUGGGAUGCUUUGAAGGGCUUCCUUUGGCUUCUAUUAUAGCUGGACGUGUAUAUACCGCUCAUGGAGGUCUUUUCCGUAGUGUUUCUAUGACCCCAUCCAAGAGAUCAAAAGGGAAGAAGAAUCGUAGAUUAAGUUUCAACUCUGAACCGAAGCCUUUAGCACUUGGUUCUUUGGAAGAAUUAUCUAAGGCUCGAAGGUCAGUUCUUGAUCCUCCAUGGGAAGGCUUGAAUCUAAUUCCUGGUGAUGUGCUAUGGUCAGACCCAUCAACGAAACCCGGUCUUUCUCCAAAUACUGAGCGAGGCAUUGGACUAUUGUGGGGUCCCGAUUGCACUGAAGACUUCCUCAAAAGGUUCAAUCUCAAGUUAAUCAUCAGGUCACAUGAAGGCCCUGAUGCAAGAGAAAAAAGGCCUGGCUUUGGAGGAAUGGAAGAAGGUUAUACCGUAGAUCAUGUUGUGGAAUCUGGGAAACUGAUUACACUGUUUAGUGCUCCAGACUACCCGCAAUUUCAGGCAACAGAGAAGAGGUACAAAAAUAAGGGGGCAUACAUUGUUCUGGAAGCCCCGAAUUUUGAUCAUCCAAAAUUUCAUACCUUUGAAGCAAUUUCUCCUAGACCGCAGGCGAAUGCCUAUUAUGACUAUGAAGAUGUUAUUGACUCCGAUGAAGAGUUGGACUUGGCAUCGAUGGUAACUGCUUCUGAAGAAACCUCAUAGCUAUUUUUUUUCAUCUAUCUUCUCCAUGAGUUUGCUGUAUUUUAAUUAUAUGUUUUCAUGAAAGGUUUUCUUUCCAUUGCAAGCUGCCAUUUUCAAAUCUAGUGUUAAUUUUUGAGGAAAAUGUUGUAUUUGAUGAUACAUUCAUAAGAUAUACGGCAAUCUUUGGAGGAGGUUUUGGUAGCAUAAUUAGUGAAGAAUAGGUAAAGUUCUUAAAUAGUUGAGCACUUUAAACUAUUAUGUAAUAAACAGUAACUUUUAAGAGUGUCAAUGUUAGCACCUUGAUUUUUGAAA